UCCUGACGAACAUAUUUGGUCUGGGUUGCCAGUUUAUGUUUCAGUCUCUGAGACUCAGGGUGAGCCACACGCUGCAGAUACUAGUUAUAUUUGACGUAGCGGGAACUUGUGUGAUUAUGACCUCUCCUGACCACAGGGUUUCUCUACUGUUCCUAGUAGCCUACUGGAGCUACAUACAUGGGAUGGUAUGAGGAAUUAUCAACUGUUUCCAGUACUGUAAGGCCGUUGUGAUAAAAUGAAGGUCAACAACUCACGCCUUUCCACCACGCUUCUCACCACUACAAACCAUCCCCACUCUAGCGUUGUCUCUCUCCUUUCCUGCCUGUGGUGUUUCAGCACGAGGUCUUUGACUGAGUGAUCAUACCAGAGAGAGAGACGGUGUGGACAGUAUCGCCUGUUCCAGCCAUAGCUGAUAAAAUCCCUGUUGUUCAGGUGAUAAGAGAGACUCCUCCCAGCUCCUACUUUAUUGACAUCAGCUCUAUUUGUGUAUUAUUGUGUCCUUGUUCAAGGAUGUGUGCACUGAUACACUGACUGUGUGGGUUCAUGAAGACUCCAAAACAACCAUGUAUUAUGAGAGGAAGACGGAGAAACCACAUUAGACUUGCUAGUGGAGAGGAGCCAGUGAAGUGGGACUGUCCUUUGUACCUAUUGAGUCAAUGCCCUAGGCCUACUACAACUGUGCUUGACUUCACUUUAGACAUCCAUUCUUUGGAAAAUGGAUGUAUUGAUCAAUUGGUUAAAGAGUGUUUUACUGUGCUGGACAUAUCUGGUUGUCUUUCUCACCAGCUCAACUUUAAUGAUUCCCAACCAGGAGCAGGUGCGCAGUGAAACCCCUAUGGGACAAAAGGACACAGAUUUCGAUGAUGUAUCCUUUCUACGGACCAGAUCAAGUAGUUUCGUAUCUUCCUCGCAUCUGAUUCGGCCAUAUUCACUCUCGAUGAAUGAGGAGGAUUACCAUUACGCUCCGAAACCCAAACACCUGCGGCACAACCGGCUCCUGCGCAUUUUGGGCUCGUCUUUUGAUCCGUUCUGGAUGUCCAUAGAACGCCCAGCCGAAGCAAGGGUCGACACCGAUGCGUCUGGUGGUCAAACUGCGUCUCGUGGUGACCCGCCCGCGUAUCCCGCCUUAACAAACUACACCACUAAGGAGGGGUUCAACUUCGGCGCGUCUCCAGAGCUGACAGAGGGUGCAGCGCGCUACCAACGAAAACUACAAAACGACGCAGAGGAUUUGGACUUGAGUGAACUUCCUGCAGACGUUGCCAGGACUCUGCGUGACUGGCUGGUCCGCUCGGCCACCUGUGGAAUGCGCUACCAGUGGGUAAAAUUAGCUCCAGUGUUCUGGCCCCGCUGGUUACGCCACACCGAUUGCGAAAAAUCUGGUGGCUCACGGAGUUGCUCUUUCCCCAGUGGGAUGGCAUGCCGGCAGGCCCAAACCACACAGAUAAAGAUACUGGCCUGGCACUGCUGGAGCAGCGAAGAGAGAGGCGGGGAUGGGUUAAGGGAGAUGGCCGGGAUCGACAGGGGGACUGUGGUGGUGGGGACAGGUGUUGCAGGCAGAAAGUGUUUGUGGAGGCAGGUGCCUUAUCCUGUGGUUACAGCGUGUAAAUGUUCAUGCAAAUAGUUUUAUUUGAUCACUGUUAAUCACGAACAUGUAAACUAUUUGGGAUUGACCGAUAUUCAGGAGAGAAUUUAUUUGAACAUCUGAUUGUCAAUGUAGGUUUACGACAAUUUGUUUUGCAAUUUAUUAUCAAGUAUUGUUUGUCCAGCCUUAAAUAUGAUACCUGUAUACAAUUAGUUCACUUGGGUUUCGUAAUCAACUUGUUUUCAUUACUAUGAAACGAAGCUAUUGGACGAAAAUUGAAUAAACUUGGUGUUUCCGGACGAAAAUUGAAUAAACUUGGUGUUUCCA